AGUACUAAAUUUUCCAUUCAUGGUGUUUUUGUUGUCUCUCAAACACGCAGGCGGCGGUAUUUUGGCUCUCGGGGAUUAAUCCGAAAUAUUAUUCCGAAUUUCUUGCUUGUGCGGCAGAUCAAACGGGUGCGAUUUCGUGCGGAAAGUGUUCUCUAGUGGGCAGUGCAUCGUUUACGUGUGGAAUUCAGAGUUCCAGCUGAAGAGUGUUCCCAGGAAUUUCCUCACCGGGCGCUUCUCACCGGAGUCAGAUCCGGUCAACCAUAGGAGGAGUGGUUUCGUUCGGCUUAAGCUAAGACAGCGGAAGCUUCUUGGUGGAGGCGCACAAGUUUUUUCAAACGUGUGAAUUUCUAGCGGGAGGCAGGGGUGUCUCCAUCAUCUAUAUUGAUCGGUGGUCAAGAACAACAGUCGCAGGGCGUGUUACAAACAUCAUCAUCAUCACGACUGUGACACCAAAACCAAUCAACAUUUGGGGUGCUUUCGGUAGCAGCAGAAAUAAGAGCAACAGCAGCAGUAGCAGCAACAACAACAGCAGCAACAUGAGUGACGCUAUCAACUUCGGACCUGCAUGGCUGCGCAAAGUUAGCAACUUCGAUAGUAAUGCUGUGAACAGCAUUGGUGGACCUCCCCAUAGUAAUAACAACCAUAACACCAGCAAUAGCAGCAACAGCAUCAGCAACCAUCAGAACAGUAGCAACAUAAACAACAACAAUAACAACAAUAAUAGUAGCAGCUCAAGCUUGACCGGGGGUGGCGGUGGCGGUGGUCAAGCGGCGGCUGUCAACGCCAUCUCAGCAGCAGCAGCAACAGCAGCAGCAGCCGCGAAUACAGCCUCGACGACUCGUUAUGCACUGGCCGAGUUCCGGUAUGGGCGGGAGGAGAUGUUGGCACUAUUCGACGUGAAAGUGGUAAAAACGCCAGAGCAGUUGGUGAAUUUUAAAAACUUAUAUGUUGAGAAAGUUCAGUGCCCUCUGGCGUUGACCCCUUGCACGGACGAUGAUGUGAUACCGGAGCCUGAUACAAGGCGCAUAUGGCAGACGAGGAGCAUUUCGUUGGGUGUACCGGGGCGUGGCGCUCGUGGUGGUUCCGUGGACCGGGGAAGAGGUCGAGGUCGCGGGAUGUACCUUGGCUAUCAACGGUCAACCUCUUUCUACGACGAUGAAUCCAGGAGUGUGGGAAGAGGUGAACGACCAUGGAUGGAACGCAACGGAACAGGUGGAACACUCGGCGGCAGUGGCAGCGGCGGUGGAGGCGGCGCAAGCAGCGAGAUAGAUUGGAACAAUUCUGCUACAUCUCCUCGGAAGGAGUUCGGGGUGCGUCCACGUACGACGAACAUGGAGAGUUGGCGUCGGUCCCGACCUGAUGACGAACCAAGUGCAACGGAUUGGCGCAGUGGCGGAUUGAACACCAGUUUGUCUGGGUCUGGCGUACGAGAGAAGUGGAGCCGUUCGACUAGUUGGCGUGAGGAAGAUAACGGUCCGAGUGAAAGCACCGGAUUGGGUCGUUCCGGGAUGCAUGGUAUGCACUCGUCCGCCAGUAGCGAACGGAUAAUACCGGGCUCGGGCGGGUACAAACCGCGGCUUUCCGCACUGAGUGGAGUUGGUGCUGGUGAACUGAACACCAGUGGGGGAUCGGUAAGUGCAUUAAGACGUCACUGGGACACGGAUGAUCAACUUCCCGAGUGGGCGACGGAAAAUCCCUCAGAUUAUGGGGGAAGUUUUGAUGCAAGUGGGGCAUUCCAUGAUUCCGAUAACGACAUCGAUGGUCGACUCGACGACGACGGAGGAAAAGAUAACCACGAGGACAAGAAGGAAGGAUCAUCUUCGUCGAGUUCGAGAAAAAGUGCCUCUUCGAAGGAGGGUAGUGCGACUAAGGAGGAGUUGCAAAACCAUUUUACGGAGAAGGAGGACCUACUGGAAGACUCACUGAAGGACACCAGGAAUGAGAACUUGCAAGCGGCGAUGGAUCAAAAAGAUGAAAUAGAAUCAGAUAAAUCGAAGGAUGACACAACUAGUGGCAAGGGACUGUCGUCAUCCAGGGAAUCCAUUAGUUCACAUCCUUCGUCGGUGGAUGGUCCGAAGUCCACAAAUGAAAUGGCGGCUGAAAUUGACACCCAGAAAGCGGCCGCCAGUGGUAGUAAUAAUAAAAACAUUAAUAGUAAUGUUACGCCCAGUGAAAACCACAACAGCAAUGAGAUGCACUCCAAUGAGGAGCCAAAGAAAUCUGCUUCUAGCUCUAGCGUAGAUCGCAUGCAAGAAGUAGCUGACGACAUGGUGGCCCAAUUGAUCAUGGACGACGAAUACACGGGUACUAGUGACACUGACCCUACCCCAGUACCUCGAUCGCUGGACAAAUCCCCUGUUCUUGGUCCCCAAAUUCCACUUAAUUUGCUGCUCUCAAAGGAGACUGUCGCAAUGCAGCAACUAUUUGGUGGUAGCGGAACUAGUGGUAAUCGGAGUAUGCUGUUAUCGGACGUGAAUCGGUCAAUGCUGCAUGGAGUUAGUCCGCAGAUACCACCGAUGCAUCCUGGAACAGAAAUCUGGUAUUACAGAGAUCCACAGGGUAAGGUUCAGGGACCAUUCCCGGCAUCGGAGAUGACCGAAUGGUAUCGCGCCGGAUAUUUCGAUGAUUCUCUUUCGGUGCGUCGUGCAUGUGACGAAAUUUACACGACUUUGGGUACAUUGGUAGCUCUCUGUGGUGGUGCCAUUCCAUUCUUGAACUCUAUGACCAUAGCACCGUUCAAGAGCAGCACUGUAAACCACAAACAACAACAGCCGCAACCUCCUCAAGUUCCAACCAGUUCAUUCCAACAACAGAAAUCUGCCUCUGCGUUGCAGCAUCUUCAGCAGCAACCACAAUCUCUCGAUACGGACCUAUCAUCGGCUCAGUUUCAGUACACUAAGAAGCUUCAUCUAUUGCGCCAGCACAAUUUGGUCAUGCAGAAACUAACAUCGACUGAAGGUUGGCCGUUGCUUUCCCAAGAGCAGCAGAAUGCAAUCAUCACCCAGCAUAUGGCUCAGCUGCAACUGACCGAUAACAUGUUGAUAUCACCGUCCUUAUCGACGACGACCAGCUCUUCGAAUGCGCCAAAUCCGGGAAGUAUUUUCGGUGGAGUCGUAGCGCCACAAGAGUCCCUAGUCAAUCUCAAACAAGCUCAACAGCAGCAACAGCAGCAACAACAAGCACAGCAAUCGCAAGCUCAGCAGCAACAACCGCCUGGUCAGCAUCCUGCUCUUGAGCAGCUGCAGAAAUCCAACAGUCUUACCAAUGCGUUCCAAAAAAUGCAAAUGCCCGACUUUGGACAACCGCAACCCGGGCGCCCCAUGCUUGGUAAUUUGAACGUCGAUCCCACUGCCGGCCAUGAUCAUCUGGGGCAACUGAUUCAUAAUAUUAAUUUUAACCAUCAACCUCCAGUACAAAACCUCCCACUUGGCUCCAAUAUGCUGCUGAAGCAUAACUUGAUUGGUAACCUCACGACGCAACAGCAGCAGCAGCAACAACAAUCGCAACAGUCGCAGGCACCAAAACCGAAUAUUGAGAGCGAUGCAAUACAAUCGUUAUUAAUGCAACUAUCGAUGCAUAAACAACAGCAGCAGCAACAACAACCACCACCGCAGCCGGUGAAAACACCAGUAGAACUAAUGUCUCCCUGGUUGCAGACGCAAACUAUGCCUCCCCAGCAAAACCAACAACCGGGUUUACGUUCCCUAAGCACUGGCUGGGGUGACUUACCACCAACAAGCGCCUCCUUUGGUUCACUUUUGCAACCACAGCAGACAUCCCAACCCCAGCCGCAGCCCCAACCCCACCUGGGAGGGCAUCCGCUGGUGAAUGCGGCAAGUGCGGCUGCCAAUGAACCGCAGGCUCCCUCGGUUGUUUCAUUGUUCAAGCAUCACCAACAGACCGAGAAGCAAAACCACGAAAAAAUGGUUUCUGAGUCUCAACAGCAACAUUUACAUCAGCAGCAGCAGCAACAACAAUUGCAACAUCAACAACAGUUGCAGCAGCAGCAGCAGCAGCAGCAUCAUCAUCAGCAGCAACAACAUCAUCAUCAGCAGCAACAACAUCAUCAUCAUCAACAGCAUCAGCAGCAACAACAACAACAACAACAACAACAACAACAGCAGCAGCUGCAACAACUUCCACAAACAAAUCAUCAGCAGAAUCCAUUGUUUGAACGUACCACACAGAAGCAGCAGAUUGACGCUAUAGCCCAACAUCAGCAUCAACCACCGCAGCAACAACAACAACCGCAACAGCAACAGUAUGUUCAAAAACCUCCGAAGGAAGAUAGAAAAGAACAGGAGCACUCGAUCCAACAGCAAGAGGUGAUCCAACAACAACAACAUGUUGCAUCACAACAACAGCAGCAACAACAACAACAACCGCAGCAUUUCCAGCAGUCGGUAAAGGCUGAGAAACCAACGGUAAAGCCAAACAACAAUAACAUCAGCAAGAGUGUCAACAACAUUGAAAUCGACGAACAACAUGCCACUCAGCAACAGCAGCAGCAGCAAACAGGUAAACCAACUCCACAGAAAGGAAACAAAAAGCAGCAGCAGCAGCAGCAGAUCAAUCAACAACAACAACAACAGUCCAAGCAACAGCACGAUGAUGACCAGGGUGAGUUCAUCAAUAUGAAGAAGGAAAUCGAGGAGAAGAAACGCCAGAAAGAGCUCAAGAAGCAACAGCAGGAGGAGAUCAAGCGCAAACAGCUCGAGGACAAGAAAAAGCAGGAAGAGCUUGAAGCUCAGAAGAAGGCAAAGUUGCUCGAAACUCAACGCCGGGAAGCGCUCAAGAUUCAGGAACAGCAACGUCCGGUUACGAAGGUUGCCCCGUGGUCUGCGUCGGCUGCUGAAACCGUUAACAGCGGACCAAGUCUGGCCGAGAUACAGAAGGCAGAGCGCGAACGUCGGGUUGCUUUGGCACGCCAGGAGCAGUCACUGCGCGAACAGCAACAGCAGCAGGAGAUGAUUGAGCUGCAGUCUCAGCUCGACAGUAAGCUCAAGUGGAAUGCCCAGAAUUUGCUGCCACAGAACAUCAAAUCGCUGGCUGAGAUUCAGGCCGAGGAAGCUGCCGCUGCGGAAAGAGCUCGCGAGAAGAAUGUUUCUGCCAUUACCGCAGCUGCCAUUGCAGCUUCCUCUUCGAAGAGUUCGAAGAAAGAGGAUUUGCUUGGAACUGCCGUCUGGCAGAGCCAGGGCAAUGUUCUAACCUGGAAUACUGCCAAAUUGUGGGGAAACUCGAGCGAGGAUCAGAACAAUGUCAGCUCGGGUGGUUUCUGGGAGGAACCGAAUCCUUCGAACAAGAACGGCCGUCAGAAGCAGAAUCAGCAGCACCAGUCUCAUCAUCUGCAGCAGACUCAGAACCAAAAGCAGAUGCUGAGCAAGAGCAAGACGAUGGGUAGCAUCUCGACUGCCUCUUCUUCGAAUGCUGUAGCAGCCGCUAAGCAGCAGCAACAGCAGCAGAAGAAUCAGCAGCAGCAGCAGCAGCAGGGUAAAAAUGUUGCCCCUGGGAAGGGAGUUGGUGCUGGAAAGAGUGCCACUGGUUCUGCUGGCGCUGGUGGUGAUCGGAAGGAGCGCAUCCAGACUGCUAGUGAACAGACUAAUGAGUUCACUAGCUGGUGCACUCGUGCGUUGACUUCUCUCAACAGUGAUGUCGAUAUUCCAACAUUCGUUGGCUUCUUGCAGGAUAUUGAAUCGCCGUUCGAGGUGAAGGAUUACAUUAGACUCUAUCUUGGCGAGACAAAGGAAUGCUCUGAGUUUGCUAAACAAUUCCUGGAAAGACGCUCCAAGUAUAAGAAUUUGAUGCGCCAGAAAAACGCCCACAUCGACGAUAUGUGCAAGCCGGCUCCGGCCAUCAAUCCGUCGUCCAACGAUUUCCAAGAGAUCAAGGGCAAAGGCAAGAAGGUGAAGAAAAACAAGAUGACCAAGCUUGAUAAUCGAAUUUUGGGCUUCUCGGUGACCGCCGCCCCGGACCGUCUGAACGUGGGCGACCGCGACUACGGCGACAAUGCUUAAAACACGAGAAAAAAAACGCCACUGAAAGUGAAAAGGAACACACAUUUAAGUCAAGUAUAGUAUGAGAGAUGGUUUUUCGUUUUUCUUAGCGCAUAGUGUGGACAUGUUUAAAAUUGUAUCUUGCGUUAGGUAGAAGAAGAUAAUCAAACAGAGCAAACAGAACAAUAUUUGGCCCAUCGCGUAAAAAAACCAUACUAUUCCACAAUUUAAACAAAAACAAAAAGCAUAAACAUUUUGAUCCACAUAUACCCAAAAACUGAUAGGAGGAAUUAAUAAUCACUGCAUAUUCAGCUGAGUUUCGGAAAAAGGGUAAGAGCAGGGGAAGAGAAAAUGAUUCGAGUGAAUCAGCUGUUAUAGAAGAAGCUUUGGAUUUCGGUUUUCACGUUAAAUGAACUUCGAAGUGCGCAAGAGUGCAAGAGCAGACGAUUAUGUCGUUAUGAAUCAUUAUCCUUUAUAGAGAUUUUUGCAGUUUAUAAUUCGCAGAUACACGAAUGCUGAUCGUAUUGUUUUUUUCGGCGCUUUCCGAAUGAAUAGUUAUAAUAUGUUCUUAUUCUACUUGUUUUGAUGAAUCUAACACGGUCAAACCAUAUGCGUAUGUUUGAUUAAUUUUAAUUGUGUCUUGAGAAAGAAAAAGUGUUCUUUCGAAUUGGUCCGAAAUCAGUAUAGCUUCAUGUUAAAUACAGAGAAUGUUGUUCCGUUCAAAAUGUCUUUCGAGAAUCAGUAAAAAAACAAAAAAAAAGUCGGUUAAUCUUGAUAAUAGUCAACAGCUGUAGAAUUAUUUUCCACCACCACUCUGAACCAACCCGAAUCAAUCAGUUCACCUUACAUAGACGGAAUAUUCUAUUCGUUGAACGUUACACUUUUCUUUUAAUAACGAUACUGUGGGUGUUUUGGUGACCUAACUGCAAUCGAAUAAUUAUAUUCAUACACAAUUCCUUUUACUGUAUACAUUGUAUAGGUUUAAGUCAGAGCGUUUCCUUUUUAUUCAUAUUUCCUAGUUUCCAAUCACACCUAUUUUUCCAUAAAUAUACAUACACUCACACACGUAUUGAGAAUACCAAUAAAGCAAAUUAACGUCAUAAAUCUAGCAAAAACAUACAAACAAACAGAAACACAACAAUUAGAGUGUAAUUAGAGUUUUCACAUAUGGGGCAAAACGAAGCAAAAACAUUGAAGAAGAAUCUGGCGGAGAGAAGCUGGACAAACCGAAGCAGCAUACUGAAUGUGUGUUUUUUUUAUGUCGCUAGUGGGACGGAAGCGUUGAAAAUCCAGUGGCGCACGUUGAGGAGCAAACAACUAUAAAAAAACUAACAAAUUUUGUUAUCCACAAACUAUGACUACACACAAUAUACAACUACUUACUCGAACCGAGAAAUUGGGAGUAUGCAAAAUAUGAGGUAAACAUAAAACAACUAGCCAUUUUCGAGUAAUCAAAAAGAGCAAAACUGCGUUGGCAGGAGGAGGAGGAGAAGAAGGAGGGGAUAGACCUUUUAAAGGGCUUAUCGUUAAGUUUUGUGGUUUAUAAUCAGUUAGCAGCUAAACCAGGAGUAAUAUACACAACUGAAGAGCUUCCAUCGAAAUGCGAAACAAUGUGUUACGCAUAGAAAAAUAAGAUCGAACCAAAAGCUGGAAGAGCAAGCGCAUUGAAGUGUUAUUGGAAGAAUGUGUACUGUUAUAAAUUUCUCUUUCGAUUUGUUAGGACGGAGAGGAAGAAAGGUAUAUUUUAAGCUCGAAUUUCACGAGGAAUAUAUAAUGAUUUGUCCCAAGAUAUCGUAUAACUUUGAAAACUGUGUGGUGAACGAUGAAGAUGAUUAUGAUGAUGAUGAUGUUGCUGCUGCUGCUGCUGCUGCUGCUGCUGUUGACACUGAUCGAUCGUUUACUGUAUUUGUUUACUAUUAUCCUUAUUAUACGAAUUGAUGAUUUUUCCUUUCUAACUGAACAAUGAACUUAAAUCCGGAUUGAAUGAUUCUCGGUUCGGCUGGGGAAUGCAAGAUGCGCGCGCAGCGCCAGGAGGAUAACAGUUCUAUUCCUGAAAGGAAUGAACAGGAAUAAUGUAAUUAAGAGAAGACGAUGACGAGGAAGAAGAAAAUGAUAAUUUACACAAUUUCUUAUAUAAAAAGGAAUAAAAAUUAGAAGUUAUAUUAUCCUUGAAGCAUUAAAA